AUGGAGAUGACGUCAGAAGGCUCUUUAAGGGACAGAGGGCGCCGCGAGAGGGGGGACAUGCUGACGUUGCGCGAUGACGAGACUACAGGGGAAGGGCAAGCGGAGAACAGGGAAGCGGGAAGGCAAGAGCGGGAGGGGGGAAGAGAGGAGGGAACGGAAGAAUCAGCGAGGGGGGAGGGGGAAGCGGAAGGGGAGCAUGCGGAAGAGGGGGAGGAGCGCGCGAACCGCGCUAGCCCGUCUAUGACGCCAGACACAGCGCUCCAUACGGUAGUCCGCGCGCGGGGGCGCGGGGCGGGCGAGGGUGUUGCGGCGCCUGGAGCGCUGCGCGCUGCCUCGGGGGGCGAGGGGGAGGCGCGCGGAGCGGAGGGCGCGGAGGAGACGCGCGGAGCGGAACGCGCGAAAAGAGGGGUGGGGGUGGGGGAUGGGCGGGGAGAGGGAGGCACAGAGAGCAAGGAGGGAAGCGUGGAGGGAAGAAAAGAGGGGGGUGAGGGAGGACAGAUGCAAGUAGGGGACAGAGAAAAAGGGGGAUUGGGAGAGGGGAAAGGAGGAGGGGAGGGAGGGGAGAAAAGGGAGGGAGGGGUGGGAGGAAAGGAGGGGGGAAGGGAGGGAGUGGAGGGAGGGGAGUGGGGAUGGCGGUGGGUGGACGAGAAGGACCCAUCCUGGCCGCUCUACUCCGCUGCAUCCUGUCCGUUCAUCUUCCCUGGGCAGAACUGCCGAUCCAACGGCCGCAACGACACGAGGUUCGAGCGAUACGCGUGGCGGCAGGGGGUGGAGCGGAGUGGGGAAGGGCGGGAGGGCUGGGGGGGAGUGGAGGAAGGGGAGGAGACGGAGGGGAAGGAGCGAUCGUGGUGUGAUGCACUACGGGGCGUGCGGCAUGGGAGCGGGGUUGGAUCUGCCACACCCGUGACACCCAAUGGAAUGAUGACACGUGUGGCAUACAUAGGGGACAGCAUGAUGCGCAACAUGUUUGAGAGCAUGGCGUGCAUGGUGCAUGCGCACCCCGUGUGCGGCGACAAUCCCGAGGUGGUGCGGGCGAAUGUGGUGGAGCGGAUCAUCCGAUGGGACACCUGCAACGUUACCCUCGCUAACCUCAGGAGCAACUUCCUCACGGAGAUCUCUUUCAAGGACCCCACGGACGAGUUCAAGGGCGCCACUCUGUACCUCUCUCGUCCCGACAAGCGGUGGAAGCAGCGGAUCAAGAACUAUGAUGUGUUUGUCAUCAACUCAGGCCACUGGUGGACACGUGGCAAGCUCGCAGAGCGCCACGUCAGCUUCUCCCCACCCCACAAAUCCCUUAACAUCCUCUCUGCCUUCCGCCGAGCCAUCCGCACCACUCUGCACCGCUUUGUAUCGCGCCAUAUGACCAACAAGACCGUCAUCAUCACCACCUCUUCCCCCAACCACUUCUCCCAUAAGCCCUCCACUCCCCAUUCUCGUGACCACUCAACUUACUCCCAGUCCUUUCAGAGUACCGCACUGAACUCCCUGGAAUCCCCACUUGGCCAAGACUCUGAUGCCUCUAGACACUUAGCUAAGCGCCGGAGAUUGCUUGCAACAAGCGGUGCAAAGAAGAAGCAUUCUAAGAGCAAAAAGAGCAAAUCCGUUAAGAAACGGGGGCAGUGCGAUGCGACGGAGCCUGUGGGGAGUGAGGAGGAGGCUUAUAACGAGUACGAGGAACAGUGGGAGCGAGUGGAGCGGUUGAAUGCAGUGGUGAGGGAGGAGGUGCAGGAGUAUCAGAGGAUUCAGAGGGAGAGAGAAGAGAAGAGGAGGAAGAGAGUAGGAGAGAGCGAGGCCGGGAGAAGGAGGAGAAAAUUACUGCAAGUGGCGGGCGAUGCAGCAGCAGCAGCGGAGGGGAUCAGCACAGGGCAAAUUGCAGUGGCGGACGGAAGCAGCUGCAACUGGUACACAAGCACCUGGCGGCUGCUCCUGCACCUGGCGGCUGCUUCUGCAAACUUCUGCCAGCACCACCUGACUGGCGGCAGUAGCAUCACCGGUCGCUUGCAGCAGCUCCCCCUGACGCCCUGCAGCACCUGA